AUGUAUUAUUCGGAUUACAAUAAUUCACCGUACGCUACUGGCGGUAGCCUCGCGCGACAGCAAUCGCUGUCACGCCAGCAAUCUGUAAGGAACAGCACGGGCUCAAUCAACCCCACCUCCGGGAGAGGUGUCCUAGACUCUUACUCGCAGCAGCCCGGGGCGCGUCCCUCCAGCUCCCAAGCCUAUGGCCAGCGUGCAAGCCAGUCGGGCGCCGCGCUCUACAGCUGCAACUCCGGCAAUGCUGUCGUUCUUCCAGGUGCUGCCCAGCGGCCGUCUGGAUCGGGAGCCGGGUUGGCUUCCGGGACCAAGGUGCCCCUCUCGCAGCGGCUGGCGCAGGUCAAGGCUGUCUACUCUGCAGCCAAGCUAAGUCGAAGUGUAAAUUCGCCCUGGGGUGGUGGCGGCGGCGGGGGCGGCGGCGGCGGCGGUGCACCGGGCCGUACGGCAGGUCAGCGUCCCAUGGGCUUCACCUGCUACCUGUGUGGCCAGCAGUACGGCAGUCAGAGCCUGAUGGUUCACAUUCCGCAGUGUCAGAAGAAGUGGAUGAUGGUGGAGUCGCAGAAGCCGAGGCGGGAGCAGCGGCCGCUGCCGCCGGUGCCACCGGAGCUGGAGCGCGGGGUACUGCCCACACGGGCGGAGGAGGUGGAUGAGUUCAAUAGCAAGAUGUAUGCGUACUGGGACAAGGUGUCGCUGGUGUCGUGCCCCAUCUGUGCACGGACAUUUAGGCCUGAUGCCUUCCAACACCACGCCAAGGUGUGCACUCCGGACAAUCCAGGGGGACCCCUGGGACCGAACAAACAUGCGGCGCCGCCGCCACCGCGACCCACUUCAGCGCCGCGGAUGGGCAGGCCUGGUGGUGGUGGCGGCGGUGGUUUUGGUGGUGGUGGUGGCGGUGGUGGCGGCGCCAGAGGGAUUGCAUCACCGGCCCGUACGGCAGGUCAGCGCCCCAUGGGCUUCACCUGCUACCUGUGCGGCCAGCAGUACGGCAGUCAGAGCCUGAUGGUUCACAUCCCGCAAUGUCAGAAGAAGUGGAUGAUGGUGGAGUCACAGAAGCCGAGGCGGGAGCAGCGGCCGCUGCCACCAGUGCCACCGGAGCUGGAGCGCGGGGUACUGCCCACACGGGCGGAGGAGGUGGAUGAGUUCAAUAGCAAGAUGUAUGCGUACUGGGACAAGGUGUCGCUGGUGUCGUGCCCCAUCUGUGCACGGACAUUUAGGCCUGAUGCCUUCCAACACCACGCCAAGGUGUGCACUCCGGACAAUCCAGGGGGACCCCUGGGACCGAACAAACAUGCGGCGCCGCCGCCACCGCGACCCACUUCAGCGCCGCGGAUGGGCAGGCCUGGUGGUGGUGGCGGCGGUGGUUUUGGUGGUGGUGGUGGCGGCGGAGGCGGCUACGGAGCAGGAAUGGGUGGCCGGCAGCCGAGUCCAAUGCGCGGUGGCGGCACACCGCCUCGCCGGGAGGGCGAACGGCCCCGCGCCUAUGUGUGUUACCUGUGCGGGCAGCAGUUUGGCAGUCAGAGCCUUACCAUCCACAUUCCGCGGUGUUACGAAAAGUGGCUCAAGGUGGAGGCAACCAAGCCACCCAAGGAGCGCCGUCAGCCGCCUCCGCCCCCCCCGGAGCUAGACCAGCCGCUGCCCACCACCUCCCAGGCCAUCGACGAGUUCAACUCCCGAAUGUUCUCGUACUUUAACGGAGCGAGCCUCAUGCCGUGCCCCCACUGCGGCCGGACAAUGAGACCGGAGGCGCUACGGCACCACAUGAACGCCUGCACGGCCGAGAAGCCCAUGGCCAGGCCCGGUGGUGGCGGUGGGGGCGGCGCUGGCGGGGGCGGCGGCAUGGGUGGGGGCGGCGGCGGUCGGUCUGCUGCCGGCGGCGGUGUUCGUGGCGGCGGUCCGUCCGAGUACCCGGAGGAGAUGGACUCCCCGGGGGAGUUGGAGAUGUGCGCGAACUGCGGCCGGAAGAUGAGACCGGAUGCCCUGGCAAAGCACCAGAGGAUGUGUACGGCAGACAAACCCAUGAAGCCACUGCGGCAGGCAGGGGGGGCCCCGGGGGGGGGAGGAGUGCAGUCGGGGACGGCAGCAGGAAGGGCGGCCGCCGCCGGCGGCGGUGGUGGUGGCGGCGGGAUGCACAGGAACCAGGGAGGUGGCGGCGGCGCGGCCAACGAGUACGACGCCUACGCCGCCGACGGGCCGGAGCCGCCCAAGGCGUCGUACGACCUACCGCCUGACGCGGUGGGAUACGGCGACGAUGAUGAUGGAGGGGAGGCCAGGGUGCAGUGUGGAACCUGCGGACGGCGAUUCCUGCCGCAGGCGUACGACAAACACGCCCGUGUGUGUUCCAAGGUAUUUGCUGGGAAGCGCAAAGUCUUCAACAGCGCAGCAAAACGAGUCGCCGGCACCGAAGCCGCGGCGUACUACAAUCCUCGUACGGCACAGCGGCCUGUGCCGCCGGCGGGCCCGGCACCGUCAGGCGGCGGUCGGUCGCGACCGAUGAGCGCCAUGGGCCGCGGCGGCGGCGGCGGCGGCGGUGGCGGCGGUCGGGGUUUUGGUGGUGGCCAGCCGAAGUGGAAGGCGCAGAGCGACCAGCUGCGACAAGCUAUGCGGGAUAUGCGCAAGGUGGGCGCUGCCCUCGCCCGCGGGGAGGACAUCCGCAACAUCCCCUACGUGCCCUCCGCACCUGACCCGAGCCUGGUGCAGUGCCCCAACUGCGGCCGCCGGUUCAACCACCAGGCAGCUGAGCGGCACAUCCCGCGAUGCGCUUCCAUCAUUUCCAAGCCCAAAUUCCUCAAAGCAGGAACUGGUGGCGCCGGGCGAGGAGCGCCGGACAGCAAGCCGCUUCCGAGGUGGUGA